CUCAGUAGACGCAUUUAACACGCCCACUGGCGUGGCGCACUCCAGACCCCUUGACCAGACUUACAGCAGGGCAGUUUAACUUCCCUUUCUGCUGGCCUAAUUCUUGACGGCGACGGAAGUUUCAUCAAACUUCCCCUUUGCCUGUUCGAUAGUUAAGCAAUUCCUGUGUUGCUUACACGCCGGCAACUGUCUUGAUUGUGUAGUUUCGCGGAGCGCCGACAGGUUACUCUCACGCGUCCAGCCCAAUACACCAGUCCAACUGACACCGUCUAACCGGUGACAUUCGUAUCAAUCAAACAGACAUCAUGAGUGAAUCAGCAGCUCAGGUUGGGUGCCCGCCAGCUAAACCACAGGCGUUGAACGAACUCAGCUACAAAGAACUCCAAAACAUGUGCAUGGGUUUUAACCUGCCAGCAAAUCUGAAGCACUCCCAGAUGCUGAGGAUGCUGGAGGCGCGCAAUGCCGGCGACGAGGCGACCAUUCACGCGAUCCUGACGGAAUACCGCGAGCAGAGGUGCAAGCGCCGCCCCAAGAGCACCCUUCCUCCGGGUAGCCGCCCGGAGCAGACGGAACAGAAAACGAAGCGGCGCAGGUUGUCAACCGCGAACCGGCACCAAGACUAUUGCUACGUCUUCCCGCAGCAGACAGCAAGCGGCCAGUUCUGGACAUCGGAACUUCCGCCGGAGUCCAGACACCAGAGCGACGACAGCGCUCAGCUGAGGGCUGUGGACACAAGUGGACUGGAAACGAUGAAACUGGUGAUGGAAGCUACCGCCACCCGCCGGGAGGUGUCAGCACCUGAGCUGACUGUCCACCGUCCUCAGCCGCUGCUACGCACCCUGCUGCAGGAAGGCCCCGGGCCGAGCAGCGCCACAGAGACCAUAGUCGGGGCAGAAUCACCCGCACCGCAGAGUUUCUACGGCGGGCACGCGACGUGGCCCGUGUACUUGGACAUGCAAAGGGCUGACCCUCCGACAUACAUUCCCGACGCCACCACGACGCCUCACAUAUUCCGGCCAGUUCUGUUUGAUCCUGGGAUGGACUCGACUCGUCUUCUCGACCUGAACCAGCCCUGCAGCUACUCUGUCCCACUGGAACAGGCCGAAGAUCUGUCAAUUGGACGUCACCCACCCGUAAUUCCACCUUGUCACCUAGAGCCGCCCCAGACGUUCCCCGCAUUCUAUCCGGAGCGCGUAAACCCACAGUCGCUCCGGUACAGUCACUCGCCGAAGUCGACAGCGGCUGUCACUCAGCCGGAUCACGGGACCAAGUGCAGCAGAAGAGGGGACAAUCCGCCGCCCCUGGAGCUCGUGCUGAACGUCAAGAGCGACUACCACGCCUCAGAGGCGCCGAUGCCGACGUUCUGGAAGUCGGCGACCACAACCACCCACCAGUGCUACAGGUCUCCCGUGUGCUCGGCCACGGCAAUUUCUGCGCCCAGGGAAAUGGCAGAAAACGCUGUGGGGCAGGAGGAAGUGCCCGGCGCAGCUGAGGAGCCGUGGUGGGGUGCUGGAAACGACGGCGCCCACCAGGUGCAGCGGACAGCCGCCAGCUUCCCGGAGUUUCGCCAGAACGACCAACUGUCGUACCCACUCAUAUACAGCUACUUGGCGUCCACCGACGAAGAACUUCAGCAAGAGACCGAGGGUCGACGCGGCUUGGGCUGGCCCCUCGAAGCUCAGCACCGACCCCAGGCAAUGAGUUCGCCGAAUGACGCAACAUCGCACGUCGUGGACGGCGGCACCAGCCUCUUCCCGGCAGUUUCCGAAGACCCGCAGUUACGUGACGCCAUGUUCGAAAUCAUUCAAGACGAACAUCGCUCGCGCCAGCCUCCAGUCGCGCAGUGUUGCCGCUACCAGAGACACGGGUGCAGGACAGCGGGUCUCGAACCCAGCGACCUGCAGCAACACGAGAAGGUCUGCACCUACCAGACCGUGCAGUGCUACAACCAGUGUGCCUGGAGCGGACGCCUGAAACACCUCUCCGCGCACCUACGUGAGGUUCACAGGAAAGAAAUCUCGCGCCGGGCCGAAGCCAGCCACACGAUCCCGCUGCACGAAGUCCGGGCCCUCCAGAAGAUGUCGUUUCUGAGGGAGGUGAAGCGAAGGCUCUUCGUCAUCACGAUCCACUGCCACGGACACCUUCUGUACGCGACGAUCCAGUUCGUCCCGUCGUGGAAGCCGGACAGCGUGUCGCUCGUGAAGGCGUCGCUGGAGGUCGUGGGUCAGGACGGCCGCCCUCACUCCUGGCGGGGCAAAGUGCGGCCCGUGUACGAGUCCCUGUCCACCCUGUGGGCCACCGACCAGUGCCUCACCGUCGACCCAGCGGCCAUCGGGGCUUUUGCGGGGGCCAACAUAAUCCUACACACGAAGAUCACGGCCUACGGCCCUGGCUCGACGUAGGCGCGGCCACAAAAUGUUUGUGUUAAGAAGAAGAAGAUUUACUUAAUUUGAUUUGUUGCUAUUGACAGCAAAUGUCAAAAUAGUUUAUGUUACUUUGAAGUCAAAACGUAAUUUCUGUAAUCUGCAGCGAAACUUCGCGUAAGUCGUCAGCAUUCCUUGACGAAAAUUGUCUAAAAGGAAAUAUCGACCUGAUUAGAGCAGGAAAUCUAAAAAAAUUGUUUAUGUUUCAUAAGACUUGUUUAAAAUGGUUCAUACGACGAUAAAUAUAAGAAUACUUAUUUGUGUC